AUGAGGCCAGGCCCUGGUGUGGGCGUAGCCCACGCCUGCCACUGCCCGGGGGGCCCUGUUCAGCCCUCCUGUCCCAGCCAGAGACAGGAGGGCAUCAUCGUCACCAGGAGACCAACACUGGCUGAGCCUCUCAUACGUGAGAACGGUGAAGUGGGGGUCAGAGGCUGCUCCAGCAGGAGCAGGAAGGAGGGCCCACCUGGCUCCCGGGGCCUCCGUGGCCACAAGGGCCAGAAGGGGCAGGUGGGGCCGCCGGGCACCCUGUGCCAGCAUGUCUACGUGGCCUUCUCGGUGGGCCGGCCAGAGGGGCUGCACAGCACCGAUGCCCUCCAGGCUGUGCCCUUCGACACGGAGCUGGUGAACCUGGACGGUGCCUUCGACCUGGCCUCCGGCCGCUUCCUCUGUGCUGUGCCCGGCGUCUACUUCCUGAGCCUCGACGUGCACACCUGGAAUUACAAGGAGAUGUACCUGCACAUCACGUGCAACCGGCGGGCCAUAGCCGUGCUGUAUGCGCAGCCCAGCGAGCGCAGCAUGAUGCAGACACAGAGCCUGCUGCUGGCGCUGGCUGCGGGUGACGCUGUCUGGGUGCGCAUGUUCCAGAGGGAUGGCGACAACGCCAUCUACAGUGAGCGCGGUGACCUCUACAUCACCUUCAGCGGCCACCUGGUCAAGCCGGACGCUGAGCUCUAG